AUGUGUGUUGACGGAUAUUAUGGUAAGAGGUGCUCUAGUGGAUGUUCGGAGAAUCACUGUAACCCGUUAAAUGGUAUUUGUGCUGAAUGUAAGCCUUCAUAUUAUGGACACAGAUACGGAAUGACUUGUCCAAGUGGAUAUUUAGAUGACGUUUGCGACAGGGAAAUGGGCACCUGCCAUCAAUGUAAACCUCUUUUUAAAUGGCCAAAAUGUAUAAAUUGUUUGGAUGGGUACUGGGGUAAAGACUGCAGAAGCGAGUGUCCCAACAGCUGCCGUUCCUGUCUAUCCACUACGGAGUGCACAAAAUGCAAAGAUGGACUUCACGGAGAAAAAUGUGAAAAGAAAUGCUCUUAUGGAUGCUUAUUAGAAUUGUGUGAUCAAGACACAGGGGUAUGCUCUAAAAGCUGUAAAGCAAACUUCACCGGAACGUACUGCAAGCAAUGCAUACCUGGAAUGUAUGGAGGUAAUUGCAGCGUAUCAUGUCCGGAGAACUGUUAUAAUGGAACGUGUGAUACACGGGAUGGGACAUGCUUGUUAGGAUGCAUUCCUAAAUUUCAUGGCAGAUAUUGUGAUUUGUCCUGUCCAGAUGGGUGUUUAGAUUGCAUGUGCCGGUCGAAUGGACAUUGCGAUGCAUGUAUUCCUGAUUACUACGGUAAUGGUUGUAAUAUAACAUGUAGCAAUAACUGUAUUAACUCCUCAUGCAAUAUGUCAGGUUAUUGCAACGAUUGUCAGCCUGGCUAUUUCGGUAUAUUCUGUUCUGAACAUUGUUCUCAACAUUGUUUAUCAGGUGAGUGCUUGAGGAAUGGAAGUUGUUAUUCCUGCCAAUCCGGGUUUUACGGGACCAAGUGUAACAGAUCUUGCCGCAAGAAUUGUCAGUACUGUGCAGGUAGUUGGUCAUGCAAGUCAUGUUUCAAUGGUUUUUAUGGUAAAAUUUGCCAGGACAAAUGCAGUUACUGUAAAAGUGGAACAGCUUGUGAUAUUGAUACUGGGUAUUGUAAAUUUUGUGAAGAUGGAUUUUAUAGCAACAAAUGCAAAUCGAAGUGUGAUUCGAAAUGUCAAAGUUGUGAUAGUUCAAGUGGUCAAAUUAAUGAAUGUUUAAAGUGCAAAAUAGGAAGAUACGGGCGAAAUAAAACAAGUGAGUUUUAUCACUGCAACAUACGCUGCUCUAGAACUUUUUGGAAUGUCCCGAAAAUUGUCUUCACAGCGACUGUCACAGCGAUAAUGGAACUUGUGGGCAAGGGUGCUUAG